AUGGCACACAAGGAAGAAAGGAAAACAAGCAUGCAUUUGGGACGCAUUCAACAAGGAAAAAAUGAAUCACUAAGAAGCUAUGUGAAACGUUUAAAUCUAGAAGCCGAGCAGAUCCCAGAUCUACCCGACGGCGUCUCUUUCGACAAUUUUAUCAGGGGAUUGAAGAAAGGAUCAUUCAAGUUUGACUUAGUUAAGAAGAGUGUUCGGACUAUGGCCGAAGUGUUGGAUGAGGCUGAAGCGUUUAUCCAUGCAACAGAAAUAUGCAGCGGGUCCAAAGCUGGAAAGACUGGUGAGGCAACAGAUUCCUCGGGAAAGAAGGACAAAAUAGACCGAAAGGCCCCACGAGUAAAUGGUACUUGGGCUCUUUCGAAAGAGCAUGAUACCAAUUCUCCUGGACACAAGAGAGAACGUCCACAAGAAAGAGAAUAUUUCGAGUACAACACAGAUCUCCUCACGAUACUGAUGGACGUCGGGACCAAGUUCGACCUUGAACGGUCUUUUCCCAUGAAGUCUCCUGCUGAGAGUCGAGAUCCUAAGCUGUAUUGCCAGUUCCACGAGGAUAUAGGGCAUGACUCCAAGAACUGUAGAAGCUUGAAGAGAGCCUUAGACGCCCUAGUCUCCAAAGGACACCUCAAAAACUACUUACAAAGGAGUGCUCACAGCCCGGGGAAGAACCAGUACAAAAAGAACAAGUCACCCGUCUCACCAACAGAGGGAAAUCACAGCGAAGGGGGAUUUGUAGCCGUCAUAUCUGGGGGGCCAGCCGCUGGAGGAACCAUCAUGAGGGGACAGAAAGACUAUGCCCGCCGCCUAGGGCAAGUGAUGCUGUCAGGAAAGUCACCUGUGGACCCAUUCCCUCGGAUAGAGAUAUGUAAGUCGGAUGGUGGACGAGUAGCCACUACGCAUGAUGAUCCUCUUGUGGUCGAGAUCAAAAUCUCCAACAUGAGAGUGAAGCGUAUCCUGAUAGACACUGGGAGCUCGUCCGACAUAAUGAGCAUGGAGUGCCUCAGCCGCCUAGCCCACGAUCCCAAACCAUAUAGAGCAUACACUAUCCCAUCAUUGGUUUUGGAGGAAGCAUCAUACAUCCUGUAG